GUGAUUUCGCAACACAAAUUUUGCAGAGUUAGCUCUCUUUGUAGAUUGUAGCUCGAUUUUUUUUUUCAUGUCUUCAAAUCACUCAAGUUUGGAGAGGAGAUAGGUGUCCUGCCGAAAUUGGGAUGUUCGGUCCUUGAUAAUUUGCCAGUGUUUCUGCAACACAAAUAUUUGUGGUGUUAAUUGUUUUGUGCUGGAUUGUUAGGAUGAACCAAGAAGAAUCAGUUUCCAACCAAAUUUUAGAGUUCUAAACCCUAAAAAAUGGCAGCUUUUCCCGCAGCAAGGAUUUGCCCCCUUGCCAUUUCGAGUUCGGCCGAAAGAAGUAAUAAGAGACUGCAAUCGAGGUGUAAUGCUAUGCUUUCCUUGGAUGAAACAUCAACAAGUCGCCGGUUUCUUAUGCAAAAUGCUGCUGUUUCUGCACUUGCAUUGCUGAAUUUGAACUGUGGAUUGAUGUUACUGCCUGCACGGGCAGAGGAAAAGGCGAAGGAUGAUGAGGGUUUAGUUGGGGCAUUGCAGUCAUUGUUUGAUCCUAAUGAGAAAACCAAAUCAGGAAAGGUUUUGCCAAAGGCUUACUUGAAAUCAGUUAGAGAAGUUGUGAAAACACUUCGCGAAUCAUUGGAGGAAGAUACCAAGGAUAUGGCAAAGUUCAGACGAACAGCUGAUGCAGCAAAGGAAUCAAUCAGGGAAUACUUGAGUAGUUGGAGGGGACAGAAGGAAGUUGUCAACGAGACAUUGUGCAGAUCUUUCACAAGUUGAGGGCUUUACAUUUACUCAGUAGAGAAUUGGGUGAUAGUUGAACGAAUUCAUCAUAUUUUCAAAGAGGGAGUUUCUGGUGCUUCUCUUCUUCACACGUGUUUGUUUACCUGUAGUGAACGUUGUAUUCCCACUGGUCUUACGAACGAUCUUGGUAUAUCUUCGGUUAUGGUCUCGGUCAUGCAAUUUGUUAUGUGGUUAGCUGUUCAGUGUGAAAUGCAUUUAGCAUCCCACUUGAGUCUGAUGUAAAUAGGCAUGACUUUACAUAGAAUCAAGAAUUGAAUUGAGUUACUAUUUAUUUUUUGCGUAUGAUGUUGGAACAUCCUGCUGCAGGAAUCAUAUGCAAUGCUCGAAAAAGCCAUAAGAUCGCUCGCCAGUUUUUACUCGAAAGCAGGACCAUCCGCUCCCCUUCCAGAGGAGGUUAAGACAGAAAUAUUAAGCAAUCUCACCACUGCAGAAGAUUCACUUUGACAUGG